AUGAAUGGUGAACCCUCUUGUGACACCAAUGAAGGAAGCACUGCGCUAUCAGACGAUCACCUUCAAGAAAAUGACUCAGAACAAGCAAUCAACCUGGCGUUGUCUGACGAGGCCAGAGGAAAUGAAGCAAUCCCAAAGAUUCGAGACCAACACACAUCGUCGGACGAACCUGCUAUGGUCUUUAGAACUCCUCUAGCAGAAACACCCAUUGCACUUCCAAUCAGCAGUCCUUCCCUUACACCUUCCGCUAUCAGCACUUUCUCGGCCGCAAAUCUGGUGGCUGCUGCGGCGGCAAGCCAGUUCUCCUUGAGUCAGGCGCACCUAGGUUCCAACUUUGCAGGACUUCAGCUAAGUGCCGAAGAACUCUCUCAACUGCAUCAACAACAAGGUCUUCAAGCUUUAAGUCAGUUCCUACUUCUUCAACCUGGUCAACUACCAGCUAGUAUUCAAGCACAAUUAUUUCUUCAGACUCAGAGUGGUCCAACAAGUUCAUACGUGAAACGUCAGCCCCAGGGGACAGACCAUGUUGACGUCAUGGAACUGGAGGAGUUAGAGCAGUUUGCCAAAACUUUCAAACAAAAGAGGAUUAAACUUGGAUUUACUCAAGGGGAUGUUGGAUUAGCAAUGGGUAAACUCUAUGGGAACGACUUCAGUCAAACUACAAUCUCUCGAUUCGAAGCCCUCAACCUUAGCUUUAAGAACAUGUGUAAACUCAAACCACUUCUUCAGAAAUGGCUCGAAAAUUCUGAUAAGUCUUUUAGUAACGAUCCUAUGCCUGUUACAAAUGUUCAUAUCGUUCCAGAAACAAUAUCACGGCGGCGAAAGAAACGAACCAGCAUUGACACGAGUGUAAGAUUUGCCCUAGAAAAUGCUUUUAAGGAGAAACCAAAACCUACCUCAGAGGAUAUUUCUCAGUUAGCUGACUCGUUGUCUUUGCAGAGAGAGGUUGUUAGGGUAUGGUUUUGUAAUAGGAGACAAAAAGAAAAGAGAAUUAAUCCUUCAAUACCAACAACAAUGUCGUCUCCUGUAACCACAACUAUCCCUGAUGCUGCUGACAGCAUUUCUAAUUCUCCAGGCCAUUUGCCGACUACAAAUACACUAGUUAAUACAGUUCCUUCGGUCUCUGACGUCAUCACUUUCCCAGCUACAUCAUUUUUUCCAAGUUCUUAA